CAGAGAGGCGUUUGGGGUACUCACAAUGAGGCCACUGGCAUUCGUGGUGUUGCCUCUGUUAGCUGUCAGUCAAGCAGAAGGAGCCAGGCUUUUGGCCUCCAGAUCAAUGCUAAACAGAUAUGAUGUGGAAGGGCGGGACCUGACCCUGCAGUAUGACAUCUACAAUGUCGGCUCAGAUGCAGAAUUACCUGACGAUUCCUUCCCUCCAGAAGACUUCGGCAUUGUCUCUGGUAUGCUCAACGUCAAGUGGGACCGGAUUGGCCCUGCUAGCAAUGUCUCCCACACGGUGGUCCUGCGUCCUCUCAAAGCUGGGUACUUCUUCAUCUCCGCCCAGGAGGAUGGGCCUAUUGUGAUAGGCUUCGCCAGUGCACCUGGACAGGAAGGAAUCCUCCCCCAGCGAGAGAUUGACAGGAGAUUCUCUCCCCAUUUUCUGGACUGGGCAGCCUUUGGAGUCAUGACCUUGCCAUCCAUAGGCAUCCCUGUUCUGUUCCUGUGGUAUUCCAGCAAGAGGAAAUACGAUACUCCCAAACCCAAGAAGAACUGAAUGCAGUUCCUCGGCCCUCUCUCCCAAGAAACCAGGUGUUUUCCAGACUCCAUAGGGUAUUAAAUGUGUUCUCUUGGCCCUUGGUCCAUGGCCAUCUUGUCCUGGAUCCUACCCUGAACUCAACCAGAAUGCAAAGAGCAGGCCUGGGAGUUUGUACAAGCCUCCCUGUCCUCGCUGAAGCCAUACAAACAGGACUGCCUUUAGCCACAGCU